CGGCCGGCAGUCCUCCGGAGCACACGUGCCAUCUCCUCCGCCACACCGCCGCCAUGCGUGCCGUCUGCCUACUGGGAGUGCUGCUGGUGAUGGCGGCAGGAGCGUCGGGCCGCUGCCGCCGCUUCCCCGCCAUCGAGACGUUCGAUAUUGACUCGUACCUGGGCCGGUGGUACCUGCAGUACAUCUACACCAACGAGGCAACAGUACCGCUGUCACAGUGCUGGAGCUGGCUCUACUUCAAGGACCGAAACGACAAGCUCAGGAUCCAGACUAGCUACGUCAACAGCCUAACCAACCGAGUCACAAACUACCAGAACCGUCUCUGGAUGAAGAAUCCGUCGGAGCCAUCCAUCAUGCGCUACAAGCAAAACUACUUCCUCUAUAACCGCAACGAGGACUACCAGGUGAUCGCCACCGACUACGCCAACUUCACCAUCGAGUACCAGUGCUCGGGCAGCAACGUGCUCAACCGGAGAGAGGCCGUCUGGCUGAUGACGCGGGAGCAAUACCCGCACCCGUUCGUACUGGAGCGCGCCUUCGCGGCCAUGAUUCAGCUGCGACUCAACGAUGUGGACAUGGAGCGGGCCUACCAGAGCUGCACUGUCAGGGAGACCAAUCGGAGGAGCGACGCGCCGCGGACGUUCGCUGAUUGGCUGACCGGCGGAAUGACGUCACGGAUCCAGCGGCGUGUUCAGGGCAAGACUCUGAGCGGGUUCAUCAACUGGCUCGGCCUCUGAGAUCGAACCGACCCCAGCAGGAAGCCUGAGAGCGGUCGUCGGAAACAGUACUGAGGUGGCUCAACGUAGCGAGAGGCUAUUCAGCAGCUCUGUGGUGUUCAAAGUGAAGGACUGAGGUGGAUUGGACACUCUCUCGCUGAUAGUGGCGGAGUAUUAGCCGCUGAGACGGCCCGGGGCGAGGAGUGUCGCCCGAUCACCAGUGUAUUGUUAUUGUUAUUGAGCGAUGUGUUGUGAGAGCGCGAUCUGUUAGUGUGUGGCUUCUUCCUUACAGUUGAAGGUACGGCCAAAUCGCAUCACUACGAACAUUCAUUACAAAUGGAACUAUAGGGAAUCCAGCUAGCUGAUCAGUCUCUAUCACUGUCCAGGAUAGAGAGCCCUCUUCGAUGAAACACGCUACGCAAAACAGCAGCGCGACCCUUUGCAAAACGUAAGAAUCUUGUGCAAAACAUUCUAAUUUCUAAUACAAUUCACACCUGACGGAACCCCACAGUAAGAUCGACAUCCGACACAAAAUAGGCAGUCGACAUUGGUACCUGACAAUCCUCAUUACGACUCCCAGUUCCCCCGACGAAAGCCGAGAGAACCAGCCACCGAACCCUUCUGCUCCAGCGCGCCAGGAAAGACAGACAGACCGUAGCGCCUCUAACAGGUCCCGUUCCGUCCAGACACGCGAGCCGUUCGGGCAGAGGUGUUUCACCUCCAUCCAUGUCGAGACGAUCAACGAAAAAAGCUUGCAGAGAGCAGGCAUCGCUCGCAGCGGAACAAUCUCGUGAGAACGGGCGGAAGAGGCGCACAGUAAAGAAACGGGCGCUCAUACCGUGUGGCUGAUCGCGUGUAAGGACUGAUGUCUGAGUGAUUGGGAUAAUUUGUACCUGUUGUGAGCCCUGCAUUGUUACGGUCGUUAGAAUAAUCGUGUUAAUUACUGUUAACUUUGUUAAGUUUGCUGUUGCUGAAUGCUGAUGUUGUUAAGUGGCUUUUUAUCAAGCCAAAACAGUUCUGUUGUCGAGUAGGAUUUACGUUGUUGACUAGUUUUAAGGAGUUUUCGCGGCAGCUUCAGGCACGACAGUGAAUCGAUCCAUUUGAACUCCUCAGCGUUCACGUAUCAUCACACUCCGUUAUGCGAGGUACAAUGAAGGAACCGGAAAGGUAUUAUCAUUCAGGUCUGUAUUAGUCUGCUAAUAUACAUCGCCUCCGCCAGUGUGCGCUGUCCAAUUCCGGAUUCCCAUUCCCGACUGUUGUAAUAUACGUGCUAUGAUCAA